AUGAGAAAUUUAAACACUGAAAAAUUUUUUAAAGAAAUUUACUUUUUGAUGCAUCCUUUGGUUUCUUAAGAGUCCAUGAAAGGGCUAAUGAUUAUUUUUACGAUAUUGAACAAAGCUUAAGAACUGGACAUCAUAAAUAACAUAGAUUAGGAAUCUCACUCUGAGAUGAAGUAUUAUAAUAUUUGAAUAUUAGAAUACUAAGUUAAUUAGCAUCAUACAGCUUUGUAAUUAAUGCUGUAACUGAUGAUCAAUUGAUUCUGAUAAUUAUUGGAUUUUUUGCCUUGCAUAUAAUCCUAAUUCUGGUUUACAUUUAUUUCAGGAUAUCCAAAUCUAUUUCAGUCAUCAUACACACCAUUUUACACUAAUUCUUAUUGCAUUACACACUAAUAUUUUAUAUUCCCAUUUCCUAUUCAUCAUUGUAUUUUAUUUCUUCAGAAUCAGUAUGCAAAUCAAGUCAAUUUUGUGAUACUAGCACUUAAAUUGUAUUAAUUAUUAUUUGCAUCCUUAAUUUGGUAAUAGCAUUAGCAAUCAAUUCUCUACACAUUUAUUUUGGGAGAGCUGAUUCACUGAUGGGUGAUAAUCAUAUCUUGAUGUUGAAUUACUCGUUUUUAAACAAUUUUAUAAGAGAAAUUUGCUUGUUCACAUGCAUAGUACUUAAGAGUAUUGAGAUUUUGUAAGAGCUAAGAUUUGCUUUAAUUUUGAUUAAAUACCUACUAACGAUUAUGCAAACAAUAAAUAAGAUCAAUGCAAAACAUUAUGCACUAAUUGAUAUUGUAUCAAUCACAUCUUCAGUUUCACUUUUAAUUAAAUUGUCAGUAUUUGAAUAUCUAAUAGUUCUAACAUUGAUAUGGGCAGCCUUUUUUUAGUUGAUAGAUAUAAUAGAAAAUUACUAUGUCACAUUGAAAAAUUAAGGCAAUUUAAUCACUCUUUAAGUAAACUAUAAAUUUAACUUAAGAAAAUUGAAGAGGCAAACAAGUUAGAAACUAAGACGCAGUCCAAAAUAGUUUUGAAAAUAAUUGAGAAAAUCCAUAAUUGCAAAAAGUGUCAGUAUCCGUCUUAAUUUGUAGAGUGUAUAUUUAGAAGAAUGGCAAAUAAAGAAAAUUAAAUGAAUAAUCAUAUAGUUUCUUUAUUUUGUGAUUAUGUAAGCAAUCAUGCUCCAUUAAAAGCCUUAAUAAGACUAUUGCUAUUGAAUCCUAAUGACUUAUAUUAUAGAUGUUGGUAACAUAAUUUGGCUGAGGAACUUAACAAAAGAAGCAAGUAGUUCUAAAAAGAGGCUUAAAAUAAAACAUCUAUUAAGAAUACUAAUGAACAUUAGAACUCUUUGGAUGUCUAAACUGUUUAUAAUACAUCUCACUCUGCUUAAGCAUUAUUUCCAUGCUUGAUAGACACAAUUUAAUCGAAGAUCAAUUUUUGGAAUAAACUGAUUAAUGGAUAUCAACACAUUGAUUAAUGUUUAUCUGAAUCAUUGAAAACUGCCAAAAAGAUGUUGAGAUGUAGAUCCGAAAUAGAAAGCAGAUUUGAUUUGGUUUAUAAUAAAUUAAAAAACUAACAAGGAACUGACAUAAUUAGUUUAAGAAUAAUUUAAAUUUAUUACUGUGGAAUUUAUACUAAUUAAUUUCAAGCCUUUUAGAUUGAGAAAACUAUUGAUGAGUUAUUAAAGAGUGAGAGAUUUAAGUAAGAUGAAUCAUUAGACAAUAUUCAACUUGUAUAAGGUAAACAUUUUAUACAAAUUUAUUAGAUAGAUUGAUCAUUUUGAAAUCCAGUUUUGUAUCAAAAAGAGGUGAAUUGAUAGAUGUGAAUUAUAAACAAAUGGCUAAGUUUCUGAAUGAACCAGAAGAAGGUUGUAAGUUGAUAAAGCAUUGUUCUUAACUUAUGCCAACUUAUUUAUCAACAGUUCAUGAAUAAUUGAUGGAUAAUUACAUGUAAAAUGGAUAUUCCAAAUUAAUGAUUCAUGGAGAAUCGUCCUUCUUUUAAAAUCCAGCUGGUUUCAUUGAGCCAUGUAGUAUUAAUUUGUUCAAUUUUUACGAUGGCAAAGAUGAUUUCAUAUUAAAUAUGAUCCUCACCAAAGAGUAAUGUUAGAGUGAGACAAUUCUCUUUGGCAUAGAUGGAAAAAUCUUAGGAAUCACUUAACAAUUUUUCAAUGACGCCAUAAGAUCAAAUACUUAAUACUCAAAAACAAUAACUACCUCAGCUGGUAGAAAUACUGAAAUCACGUCUUCUUCAACAAAUAUUAAAGAUUUCUUAGCUAGAUAACCUUUGAUUCAAUUUUAUAUUCCAAACAUUCAAAGUCAAGUUGAAGAAUUAAGAAAUCAAAUAUGCUCAUCCUCUAAUUAUUUAAUGAACAAUUAAAAAUCUACUUGGACGUUUCCCAUAAAUCAUUCUGAAUGCUUAUAGCAAAUGUAGUUAAUAUUAUCAUAAUUUAAGAAAAAAAGUUAAGGUACCUAAAAACUCAAUUAAAACUUUUAAUCUUACAAGUCUCAAACUUAUUCAAAAUAUUCCAAUUACACUAACAAUACUUAACAAGACCAAUAUGAUAAGAGUGAAAUUGGAAAAUAAGUCUUUGAUUAAAUUAACAUCGACAACAUUCCUAUUGUACUUUUACAUCCAGAAAUUGCAUCUUCAUUAAAAGAAUUAAUAGUUUUUGAGGACAUCUAAAAAUAAUCAGUCCAAUUAGGAAUAUUUUAUAGUUUACAAUUCAAAAUAUUGAAGUAUAAAUAAGGCAGCGUUGGAUACUUUAUGCUCACCAUUAAAGAAAAUAAACUGUAUUAUUCUCAAUAAACCAUGGGUUAGUUUUCAAGUCAUAACUAAACUCCUUAAACAGUUAGAUCUUCUAUUUAAGAGUCAAAUGAAAUUGAAACUAUCUAAAAUUCGAUGAAAAUUGAAUUAACGUCAGAGAACUUGAACUAAUAAGAGGAAAUAAUCUAGGAAAUAAGAUUAAUGAAUAAUAUCAUGCAUAAUAAUAAAGAUAGUUCUUUGGUUGAUUAAAGUGGAAACAAUCUAAGUUUAGAUUAAACUAAUAUCAAAUUAUAGAUUCAACUGAAAAACUCAGAGAGAUCUAAUCUUUACGACACAGGUAGAAUACUUAAACAAUCUUAACCUCUAUUUGCUAGACCACAAUAAUAAGAAUGCAGAUUUGAAGAUAUUUCAUAAAUUGAACAAGACAUGCAAGUAAGUAUUUUGAUUAUUUAUUGUAGAACAUUCAAUAAUUGCAAUAAGACUUUGAUGAAAAUGAUCAAGAUUUGGCUAAUUAGAGGUAAGAAUCAGUCAGCUAAAGUGUAAAAAAGAGAUCAAAUAUUCUUGAUAAGGUAAAAUUAACUUAAUAGAAUAAAGAAAAUAUUGGCGAUUUUGCUUCCAAUCCUUCAAGAACUUCGACUAAUUCUACUUCCAAAGAAUCAAUAUUAAUAGUUCAAUAAUUGUACUUUAAUAAAGAUCUAAUUUCUCCAUUAAAAAAGAUAUCUGUAAUUUUAGGAUUAAUCUUAAUUGGAAUGUUAACAUGCGAAAUUUUAAAUGUAUUUUUAAUUAAAGACAAUCUGCAAUAAUAAACUCAAUAAGUAAUCAAUUUGGUGAAACCUUAAAAUAUUAUUUACUAUUAUUCAUCUGUUUUCUAUUAAUUUUGGGGAACUGAAUUACAUACAUUAAACAUCCUUAAAUUGUCUUAAUUUUAAUAUCAAAGGAAUAUAGAAACCUUAGAUGGUAUGCUUGAGUAUGGAAGAACUUAUCUUCAAUCAUUUGGAAUAGAAGUCCCAUAAACUGCUGCAAAUCUUGGUGUUACUACUUUUGAUCUGAAAUAAGUUAAGUUGGGAAAAAUAGAAAAAGAACUCUAUUAACUAUAAGAUUUCUAUUCGUUACUUUAUGAAACUAUGUAUGACAUGUAUAUCAACAAUAAGAAUAAUGAAAAUCCAUCUUAUGAUGAAUUAUUUGCGAGAGGGAUUGUAAGAUAAAACUUUUUGGAAUUAAUCGAUUUACAUAACAAAUUAAUUAUAAAGAUUUCUGAAGACACUAUAUAUCAAUAAAGUCUGGUAAAAAGUUAGUUUUUAGUUAUUAUGCUUUUGGAAUUAUUUUCAAUUUUAUUUUUUGUUGGAUUCUAAUUAAGAUAUUGGUUAUUCUUAGAUCAUAUUACUAAAUCGAUAAUCUUUUUAGUUUCUAGAUUAAAUGAAACUCAAGCCCUUAGUUAAAUAAAUAAAUUAAUACAAAUCAAAGAACAUUUAGAAGAUUAAUCUUCAAAUGUGUGGAAGCUAUUCAAUUUUGGAGAUAUAGUAUUUGAAACUUCAGAUAAGAAAUUUAAAAAGAUAAUUCUUAAGCAAUAAGACUAAACAUCAAAUAAUUAUAAAUCGACAAGUGCAUUAUAUUCAAGAAUCUAAAGAACUUAUUAUUUGAAUAGAAUCAAUGUUUUUAUUACAUUUUUGAUUACUGCUUUAUGGACUGCAUUUCUCUUAGCUGGUUAUUUAAUACACAUGUAGAAAAAUGAAAAUUUCUAACCUUCUUUGACAGCUACUUUAAAAUAUGGUUAAUUUAGAUUGAAUAUGGAUUCACUAGGAUUUAUUGCAGGGAUUGUUAAAACCGAACAAUUAGUGCCUAAGAAUAAUUUAAGUUUCAUUAACCAAACAUAUGCAAUUUAAUUAAUGAUUGAAUAUAAGGAAAAUAUUUCUCCAUUAAUAAAUGAAGUUGCAUAAGUCAUUUUAGAAAAUGCUAAUGCUAAUAACAAAUAAAGUAGAUUUGACAAUAUAUUAAAUUUUGAUAUAUGCGAGUUCACUGAUUGGGAAGAUAUGAAAUCAUGCGAUUUGGCCAGAUAAGAUCUGCCUUAUUUUAGGUAUUAUUUUUUAUAUCAUAUAGUACAGAUCCGAUUAAUGAUAUUGUAAAAAAUGGAGUGUUAGGAUACACUGCUACAUUAGUAAAAUAUCUAAAUUCGGAUUAUGAUUAUGAAAUAAACAAUCUAAAGUAUGAUACAAAUGAGAACAACUUAGUAGCUAUCUAACAAAAACCAUUUGAAAAUUUCUUUUUGUCUUAUUAUUGUGAUAUUCAAAACACUAUGCUAGAAUUUUUGAAUUUGUUUUAAUUAGACAACUCUGAAAUUGCUGCAGAUAUUAACAACGUUGUUCAGAUAUUUUAUUUAGGUGUUGGCAUAUGGUAUGAAUGUCUAAAUAUUUAGUUUGUUUUUAUUUAUUUUGAUUAUGAGUUUACUUUGGGUUUACAAAUAUUAGAUGAAGAUCUCUUGUCUUCGAUAAAUUUUAGUAUUAAUUCCUUCUGAUUUAAUAUUAACAGCUAAUAUAAGAAGUCAGGCUAAAGAAAUUCAUAAUUGGUUAUAUUGA